UAGAGGAUGUGGAGGAUGGAGCAGCUGGGUGCCAGGGAGCAUUCAGGGGCGAUAGCCAACCCAGACCAGAAAGGCUUUGCCAGCACCUGUUCUAGAGAGAAGCCUGAAGCUUGGGAGUGUACCAUGCCUCAGGUAUCUGUCGCCGCGAUUUACGGAAGGACCGACGACUUGGGGCCGAGAUAUAAGCCCCGCAGGGAAAGCGCUGAGCAGAGGAGGAGGCCACAGCCCGACCUGCAGCAGUCCAGCCCUUGGGACUCCUUUCGCCUUCCACUUGCUCAUCUCUGCUUCCAGAGCUGUCGCCAUGGUGACGGUGCGCAGGCCGUGGCCCGCCAUGGCCACAGCGCUGCUGGCCCUGCUCGCCUGCCUGGGGGCGCUGGUCCACGCCUACCCCGCCAAACCCGAGGCUCCCGGCGAAGACGCCUCGCCGGAGGAGCUGAGCCGCUACUACGCGUCGCUGCGCCACUACCUCAACCUGGUCACUCGGCAGCGGUAUGGGAAACGCGACAGCCCCGAGGCGGUCCUCUCGAAACUGCUCUUCCCCGACGGCGAGGACCGCCGGGUCAAGUCACGGCCAGAAGGCGCGUACAUGUGGUGACGACCCCAAGGGCUCCUGGGAGAUAUGCUAACUACACCGACCUCAUUUGCAUGGUUGCUCCUGACCCCGGAACCUGGGUUCCUCUCCCUGCCUGCUGCGCCUGGGCGGUGGGUGCGGGAUGGGGUCCUCAUUCCAUCUCUCCGUGUCCCCAGCCCCUGGGCUGGAGGGCUGUGUGUCGUCUUUCCCUGCUUCCCAAAUAAAGAGCAAAUUUCACUGA